GGUAUACAGUUUCACCUUAUCGCGACCACAGAACAAUGAUUCAUUGAUCGCAUACCUCGAAUAUACCCUCUUCUGUCAUUUUGACGUCUAGUACAAUAUCAAUUCAAAAUGGCUUUAAAAGUGCAAGUCGGUCAAAAAAUUAUGAAUGAAGUGAUCCGCUACAAGGGUCCAGCUACAAAGAAACCAGCUACUGGUAAAGCGCCAACUGUUGAAUGGCGUAUUCUUGUAGUGGAUAAGCUGGCCAUGCGCAUGGUAUCCGCAUGUUGUAAAAUGCAUGAUAUCAGUGCCGAAGGCAUUACCUUGGUCGAAGAUAUCCACAAAAAACGCGAACCCCUACCGACUAUGGACGCCGUUUAUUUGAUAACUCCAUCGGAAGAGUCUGUUCGAGCUCUGAUGAAAGAUUUCGAACAUCCGAAUCGUCCACUAUACCGUGCGGCUCAUGUGUUCUUCACUGAGGCGAUACCGAACGAUAUUUUUCAAUUGUUCAAAAAAGCUAAUGUUGUUAAGUACAUGAAAGCGUGUACUGAGAUUAAUAUCGCAUUUAUUCCGUACGAAGAACAGGUGUUUUCACUUGACUCUCCUGACACAUUCCAAUGUCUUUACUCUCCAAGUCUAUCAUCUGCCCGACUUGGAAAUAUGGAACGCAUUGCCGAACAAGUAGCCACACUAUGUGCAACAUUGGGUGAAUAUCCAGCUGUUCGAUAUCGAAGCGAUUGGGAUCGAAAUGUUGAAUUGGCCCAAUUGAUUCAACAAAAAUUGGACGCAUACAAAGCGGAUGAACCGACAAUGGGCGAAGGACCCGAAAAGGCCCGUUCUCAACUAUUGAUUUUAGAUCGAGGCUUUGACUGUGUAACGCCACUGCUGCACGAGCUAACACUGCAAGCGAUGGCCUACGAUCUGUUGCCCAUCGUGAACGAUGUUUACAAGUUUGUGCCGGCACCAAAUGCCAACGAUAAGGAGGUGUUGCUGGACGAAAACGAUGAAUUGUGGGUAGAGUUGCGUCAUCAGCAUAUUGCCGUUGUUUCGACACAAGUGACUCAAAAUUUGAAAAAGUUCACCGAAUCGAAACGUAUGAGCCAAGGCGAUAAGCAAUCGAUGCGCGAUUUAUCGCAGAUGAUCAAAAAGAUGCCACAAUAUCAAAAGGAGCUGUCGAAGUAUGCAACGCAUUUACAUUUGGCUGAGGAUUGCAUGAAGGCGUAUCAGGGAUACGUUGAUAAGCUCUGUCGUGUGGAACAGGACUUAGCGAUGGGAACCGAUGCUGAGGGUGAGAAGAUAAAAGAUCAUAUGCGCAACAUUGUGCCCAUUCUACUGGAAGCGUCGAUCUCCAACUACGACAAAGUUCGAAUCAUCGCUCUCUACGUCAUGAUCAAAAAUGGAAUUUCCGAAGAAAAUCUGAUGAAAUUGUUCACUCACGCUCAAAUCGGUCCGAAGGAACAGGAUAUGGUGCGAAAUCUUAGCUUUCUGGGAGUCAAUAUCGUGUCAGAUGGCAACAGAAAGAAAACAUACACCGUUCCACGAAAAGAGCGCAUCACCGAACACACCUAUCAAAUGUCCAGAUGGACACCGGUCAUCAAAGAUAUAAUGGAAGAUUGCAUUGAAGACAAAUUGGAUGCACGACACUUCCCAUUCUUGGCUGGACGUGCCCAAAGUACUGCCUAUCAUGCGCCGACAAGCAGUGCUCGUUACGGCCAUUGGCACAAAGACAAGGCCCAAACUGCCAUCAAAAAUGUACCGCGUGUGAUUGUGUUUGUGGUUGGUGGUGCCAGCUUCUCGGAGAUGCGAUGCGCCUACGAGGUGACAGCACAGACGAAAAAUUGGGAAAUUAUUGUUGGUUCGUCGCACAUUCUAACGCCUGAAAUAUUUUUAAGUGAUUUGGGUUCGUUGUCCAAGGAAGAUUAAGCGUCUAGGCAAAGAGGUAAUAAGUGAAUGUGUCGAGGAGAGACGGCGGCGGUGUUAUUUUUACUUUGUUAUUUUCUUUUGAUUGUUUUUCGUUUCGGUUUCGCGUUCGUUCGUCACAUCAGUGUGUUCUUUUGUAUAAGGAGAGGUAAAUUCAGUGGAAAGAUAUAUAUAGAGAGAGAGAGACAGGCAUGCUAAAAUUGAACUAACAAAUUGAUCGGGAAAAUAGAUAGAAAUUCAAACAUUUUGUAUUAAUUGAGUAAUUUAGCAAAGUGUAAAAUUGUAGGCGAUGGAUGAAUCCCCCCAUCAUUGUCAUUUUGUCGAUAUAUCAUUGCCUAUGCAUUUAAUUAGCUUACAGCCUCAACAUACGAUUGAAUCGAAGUUGAUGUUCUUCAAAUAAAAAGUGACAAGAUAAGCAGUUCGUGUCUUUAAUACCGAGGAAAUAUAUUCCUGAUAUAGAGCCAAUAGUCAUUUUGGUAUGCACUGACGACAGUGAAAGUUUUAUGAGAGACCAUCUCCUUAACCGAACUUUUGAUUGUCAGAUUCCUGCUCUUGUUACUGCUCUAAGCUUUGCAAAAAACAGUUUAUCGGAAACAGAACAUUUUUUGGAAUUUUCUUUUGUUUGAAGACAUUGCGAAGGACUUUCUUCCAAUUACCGGAUUGUUUUUACGUUCUGUGUCCUAGCAAAUCGUUUUCCAAUUACUAACACGAAGUGAAGCACUCAAGAUAUAUCCUAGCAUGUGUGGAAGCGAUGCUUUUUAUCGUUGAAAUUUUAUGAGUACAUGGUCCAGUCCAUAAGUCCACUUUCUACAAUUCUACGGUUCACUGAAAUUGUGGGGUGUGAACAGACCCCUUCCGAAGCGAGUCAUAAGGAACGUUUGAAUUUUCAUUUUUUUCAUUUUAUGACCGUGAUUGACCGAAGAACAUUUCAAUUAGCCUGCAGUAUUUUACCGUUUAACGUUAGACCUAAGGAUCAUCAAUUACGCUUUAAAUGCAAGCAUUACCAGAGAGUCACACUGGCACACAAAGUACUAUCCAACAAGAAAUGAAUUGAAAAGAAAAAUAAUUGCAAAACAAACGGCGACGAGAUGAGAAAGAACACUUACACGCUAAGAGAGCUUAGCCUUUUAUUUUCGUUUUCUAUGUUUCCCAAAGUUUUCAAUUAAUCUUGUUGUAGUUUGAGAUCAUUUUAAGAUUGGUUAGCUCUGCAAGCAACCGUUAGUUGUUAGGGUUCACAAGUAGAUGGUGGUUCAGCUUAAACGGCAGAUAGUAUAUGGAUAAAGUUACGAUAAGGAUAAGACAGAAGAGUCAAACGACGGAAGAGGCAAACAACUUGUAUAAACAGCAGACAAUAAAAGUUAAGUUUCUCUAGAGCCUGCUGGGAAUCGAUGAACCAUUUUUUUUCGUUUAUGUUAUUAGGUUAAGUGGAAUUCAAUUUUUGUUUUAGAUAAGUUGUAAACGAGCCGAGAAUUAGUUUAAUUUAAUGUGAAAUUACAGAUCAGCUCUGCGGACUUCAUAAAUCAUGAUUCAGAGAGACGUUUUUAGAAUAUUUAUCUUUAGUUCUACAUUAGGUGAGUUUAGUGUCUUAUAAAGCAAUUAAAAAUUGUCCAUAUGAUCUCGCUCCUUACUAUCCCAGACUCGCAAUAUGAACAAAAGUUCUAAUUUAUCAAUUAGCUCAGUGAGCCAGAGUGAAUAGGCUAGCCAAAAUCGUGCUACUAAACCUUUAGAAAAGCGAUGAAAAGCGUUACUCUUGUCGGUCCGGAUUUUUGCAGCAAUCAAAAAAUAUGAGACCCAGGCUUUUCAAAAAGAAAAGGAUGCGGAUUCGAUGUCGGGUUGCUUUGAUAGAAAAAUCUUUGGAUUCUUUAAUACUAAAGGACGAUUUGGAAGCUCUGUUGUAACAACUUAUGUGUACCGACUCACGACUGUCACCGAAAAUUGCUUCACUAAUAGUAUGAUUCAUGAAGAUGUCACAUUAUUCAUUUCUUGCCUUUACCUGAUUUUAACCUAAUUCCUAUUUGACCUGAUUGUUUUCUAUUCGUUAGUAUGCCGAUAGGUUCUUCUAUCUAUCCAAUGUAAUUAUAAUUGCAAACUUUAACCAAAAAUGUUUAACCAUUGUAUUAUAGCAAAAAUUGAAAAUGUUUACAGCGAAUGUCGACGAAAUUUGUGUCCUAAGUUUGCGUCAGCCGUUUUAAACUGCUGAUCCACUCAUACAAACACAACUACCGCUUAUAUAUGGGUUUGAUAGUCACACGUGCGCGUGUGGUAGUGGGGAAACCGUAUAGACCAUGGCUUAUUUUUGGAGAAUUUCUAAAAAUUUGGAAAAUUCAAAUAAAUUCUAAAAAUUUACAAAAAAUUGAGAAAGUAAUCUGAACUUUGUUUUCAGAUUUCAUCGGAAUUUUAGUAAUUUUCCAGAAAGACCAGAUGAGACCUGGUGUAAGAAGGGUAUAAUUCCUAAAAUUCAAUUUAAGAAUUUUUAAAAAUUUGGAAAUUUUAAGAAAAUAAUUAGGAAAAUCUUCAAAAUUCUACAAAAAUUCAUAGAAUCUCUGAUAUUAAGGAACUUGUGAGAAUUUUAGGAAUUAACUCCUAAAAAUUCUGAAAAUCUUUAAAAAAAAUAUGAAUUAAAAACAUGCAUAAAGUAGUGUCAUUGUAUGAGUUGAGCAGGUGGUAAGCAGCUAAUCCAAACAUUGACUCAAAUUCGAUUGUCAUUAACUGUAAUAAUAAAAAAAAAUAAAAUUUUUUAAAUAAUUCAACAGAAGUAUGAAUAAUAAAACUGCUUAGAUGUGAUAUAAAUAACAAAA